CUGCUCCGGUGCUCCCCCCCUGGCGAAAAGUGGAAUGGUCAAAACACAUCAACGGUUCUGAUCGUGCGAUACCUGUUCGGAUUCAGGGUUAAUUUCGUAAUUUGACGUUUCUGACAGAUACGUAUAGGGCCCGUACAAGCCCGUAUGGCCCGCGACUGUUCUGUACGUAUUCGGUCUACCGUCGUGUACGUGGCGAAGUCACGUGCGUGUACCGAAGAGGAAGGGACGUAUAAAACCUUCGUCGGCUGCUCCGCCUCCCUCGCCCCACCAUUUCCCCCCCAAAUCAGGUACGGAGAAAACCCUCUCCCUCGGCCACUUCGUCUUCUCCACUCCGUCUCCAGUGCCAGUUCUCUUCUCCAAUCCCUUCUUCUCCGCGCAUUUCCGUCGAAUCGGAGGCCGAUGGAGGGUAGCAGCUCCACUGCGCGGGCGUCCGCCGCUACCUUGGUCAAGAACACCGGCGUGGCGGAGGCAGAUGUGGUGCCGGGUGGAUGGAGCCGUCGUGGUGCGGCCGCGUCGGGCGGAGGCUUGGUGCUGACGGUGGCGGAUGAGCAGGAGCACGGACUCGGCGGCGAGAUCGUGCCGGAUCUGAAUGUGCAGCCAAUGGCGGAAGACCCUCUGCUUGGUGAGACCUCCUCUGUCCGCAAGAGGAAGUUUGAGGAGUUUGAUGACUCGGAGGACUCUGGCCACUCCUACAUUUCCAGCGAGGUCGAGUCCGGGGACGCCGUGUCGUACAACUCAGAUGCUUCAUCUGAUAAUGAAGUCAGCAAGUACAAUGUGCUGUCAUAUGAGAAGAAGGUGGAGGAGAAGAUCUGGGCUGAGGGAAUCAGUGCUUACAUGAAACCUGAUGGGAGGUACUACUGCAAGUUCCAUCCCUCCAAGCAGGUUCCUAGGGAUGGUAUGCGUGAAGGACUUGUUAGCCAUGUGAAGGAGGUGCACCCGAAGGAUCUCCGCGACAAGGCGAACCAUGCUGCCCUGAGGAAAGUACUGGAGUACUAUGGUCAGGAUUGACUGAAUGCCUGAAAAAGUUAGUGAAGAAGUACAUCAUCAGUAGAUAUGAUGAUGUUAAGUAAUGUAUGUUAUUAAGAACUGCUAGUUUAUGUGUGCACCUUCUGUUAUGGUGCGGUAACUAUGUAUGGACUUGCUAGGCAUGUGAACUUUAGCUAUGGUAGCUAUGUAUGCACUGUACCAGUGUGCUAGAUGGUAUGUAGCACACUGUGUUUGCUUUUGCUGGUUCUUCACUUUGUUAUAAGAUAAGUGAAGUUAUGGAUGGCUACAAAGUAUUGUCAGCCUUUUUAUCUA